AUAGCAACCGGCGUCUCUCUCAAAAGGAGACAGAACUCGAUCAUCUGGUCUAGUGGUCUAUUGGUUGAACGGGAUGGCUCGUAAUACGUCCCCCACGACAGAGCUCUCCCUCAGUUUUGAGGCUCUUAGACUCAAUCACGAGAAGAAGAAGGAGGAUGGAGAGGAGGAGGAGGAAGGGUCCAUUAACCCCUCGCAAAUAAUCAAUCAUAAUGGCGGGCUGGAAUGGCGGGAAAACUCGUCUAGAGUGAACCAAUCAAAUUACUCCUAUGCCACCACAACUGAGCCCGUUAAACAGGAAUGCAUCCAGAAAUCAAAUCACUUAUUCAAAGAGAAUCAUAAUCAACAAGACAGCGAUACGUUGAGACGAGAUUGUUCGUCAUCUGAAGCAACUCCAUGUGUAUGUUCCUGUCAUUCUCAGGAUGACAGGAUUGCGUGUUUAUUGUGUGACUGUCACACUGUGCAAUCGUCAUUGCCUGAUCAGCAUCAUCAGGCUGUGGGCGUGGUUGGGGGAGGGGCUGUGUUAUCUACAUGUAGACAGGAAGCAAUGUACAGUGACGUCAGUGUGGAGGAGUUGGCCGGCUAUUUUGACGAGUUAUUGUAUUUACCUAGACCGAUGUCAGUAAUGGCUGAACUGAUGUACACUUAAACACUAUUACAAGUCGAUAAUGUGGACAUACACAGUUAUUUAAUGUUUUUAAAUCAGGAAUUAUUAUUAUUAUAGGAAAA